CGCCCGAAGGAGGGCAAAUGCGACCCAGGCCCGGCGCGAGGGUUGCCUUUGGGAAGCGCGGGACUUAAGGAGGGGCCGCUUUCUGCCCCCCUCCUCAUGCUUCACCCCAAAGAAAGACUCUAGUCCUCUCCAUACCCAAACACCAUUCUCCUCGACAAUCACUGUCACUCUUUCAGAGACAGAGCGACCACCAACGGUGGUUUCAGCAAUGGCCCCAUCCUGAUUCCUGGCCCAGGUCGGUUGUCAUGGUAACUCUUCCCAGUCGGGAACACCCUUAGCCUCCCCUCCCCUCCACCUUUGUGGUUAUGGAGCUCCAAACCUGUCUUGGCCCUGCACCAGGAAGAGGUUGCUAAGGUAACCCAAGUCCCUGGUGGUCCUUAUACCCCUACCCUCAUUGGUUACUAUGGCAACCUCACCUAGCACUCAGGUAGAAAGGACCCCAGCCCCAAGGACACUGCUGAGGGAAACAUCUCUUUCCCAAUCCCUCCGCCCAGCCACCCAAUUGGCAUUACCAUGGUAACCAUCCAUCUCCCCCUUUCCCAUCAGUGGGAGGUCUGUGGACCAAACCAACCAGGUGUUUUUAUUUAGAGGAGAUGCUCUGCUGAGGAGUAGUCGCUAUGGUUACAAGGCCCGGACCAUCCCCAGGGAGCAGUGCAGCUGAGCUGGGCUGGAACUGCCCGCCUGGAGCUCCCUCAGCCUGCAACCUAGGAGAUGCAGCAACUGAGGCUCAGGCCAGGUGAAGUCUAGCCUGAAGUGAAUGUGGAUCCACUUACCUUGUUUUGUGGGCAAUGGAGAGACAGAGUCUCAGCUUAACUGUCCUCUCCUCCCCUGACCACCUUUUCUCUCUCAUGCUCCCUGAUGGUUUCCUGCUCUAUCUGAUACCCGGGAAGCCCAGCUAAGGGCCUGACUUCAGCCCCAUGCGGCUCACCCGCUGCCAGGCUGCUCUGGCAGCCGCCAUCACCCUCAACCUCUUGGUCCUGUUCUAUGUCUCGUGGCUGCAGCACCAGCCCAGGUACUCCCCGGCCAGGGGCUCCCGCCGUGGAUCUGCCUCCGGCCCCCGGGUCACCAUCUUGGUGCGGGAGUUCGAGGCCUUUGACAACGCGGUGCCAGAGCUGGUGGACUCCUUCCUGCAGCAGGACCCAGCCCAGCCGGUGGUGGUGGCAGCCGAUACGCUCCCCUACCCGCCUCUCGCCCUGCCCCGCAUCCCCAGCGUUCGCCUGGCGCUGCUCCAGCCCGCCCUGGACCGGCCCGCUGCAGCCUCGCGCCCUGAGACCUACGUGGCCACCGAGUACGUGGCCCUGGUGCCUGACGGGGCGAGGGCCGAGGCACCGGGCCAGCUGAAGCGCAUGGCUGAGGUGCUGCGAGCGGGAGGCGCACGCCUGGUGGCCGCUCCCGUUGCUUCGGCCAACCCUGCCCGGUGCCUGGCCCUGAACGUCAGCCUGCGGGAGUGGACGGCGCGCUACGGCCCGGCACCCUCCGCACCCCGCUGCGACGCCCUGGACGGGGACGCCGUGGUUCUCCUGCGCGCCCGCGACCUCUUCAACCUCUCGGCGCCCCUGGCCCGGCCCGUGGGCACCGGCCUCUUCCUGCAGACCGCCCUCCGCGGCUGGACGGUGCAGCUGCUGGACCUGCCCUUCGCCAGGGCGCGCCAGCCCCCGCUGACCACGGCCCACGCGCGCUGGAAGGCGGAGCGCGAGGGGCGGGCGCGGCGGGCGGCGCUGCUGCGGGCGCUGGGCAUCCGCCUGGUGAGCUGGGAGGGCGGGCGGCUCGAGUGGUUCGGAUGCAACAAGGAGACCCCGCGCUGCUUCGGGACAGUGGUGGGCGACACGCCGGCCUACCUGUACGAGGAGCGCUGGACACCCCCGUGCUGCCUGCGUGCGCUGCGCGAGACGGCCCGCUACGUGGUGGGCGUGCUGGAGGCGGCCGGCGUGCGCUACUGGCUGGAGGGUGGCUCGCUGCUGGGGGCGGCCCGCCACGGGGACAUUAUCCCGUGGGACUACGACGUGGACCUGGGCAUCUACCUGGAGGACGUGGGCAACUGCGAGCAGCUGCGGGGUGCCGAGGCGGGCUCGGUGGUGGAUGAGCGCGGCUUCGUGUGGGAGAAGGCUGUGGAGGGCGACUUCUUCCGCGUGCAGUACAGCGAGAGCAACCACCUGCACGUGGACCUGUGGCCCUUCUACCCUCGAAACGGGGUCAUGACGAAGGACACGUGGCUGGACCACCGGCAGGAUGUCGAGUUCCCCGAACACUUCCUGCAGCCUCUCGUGCCCCUGCCCUUUGCCGGCUUCGUGGCGCAGGCACCUAACAACUACCGCCGCUUCCUGGAGCUCAAGUUCGGCCCCGGGGUCAUCGAGAACCCCGAAUACCCCAACCCAGCACUCCUGAGUUUGGCAGGAAGCAGCUGAAGCUCCAGCGCCUGAUCUUGGAGUCAGGAGCACAUUCAGGCACAGGGCAUUCAUUGUCCUUUGUCUUGGUGCUGCUGGCGUUUGGUGGGCAAGCCAGGGAUGCCAAGCCACCUUGCUGGGCCCAGCACAGCCCGGGACCUCAAAGGCGUGCCCUGCCCCAAAUUUCCAGAACCGGGGCUCCAGGGCUGGGGCAGAGUUUUGGAAAGAGAGGGAGAAAGAGUGUAGGUUCUGGGGCCAGACUGCUGCGUCCCAAUUUCUCUGCGCCUCGGUUUCCUCCAGGAUUCAGUGUGUGCCUUCAGGGUCUAGCACACAAAGAGCCCCAGGACACUUGGCCGUUGGAGUUGCUUCUGCCACUAGAGGGCGCCCUUGUCCUACCUUGGGGGCCAAGGCGAAUGUAAGCCCGGGACCUCUGUUCCACGGCUUUCACGUCUCUUGAGCCUUUGGUCUUCCCUCUAGCCUCCUGUGCCUGGCAGGACAGGAUGACUAAAUCCCCUUCUUUCUGAAAACGACCUCCUUCCCUCCUGGGAGAGCGCCGUGAGGUGCAUGCUGCUCGUAACCCCAUCUUGCAGAGAAGCAAACAGGCUCUGAGGUGUGGCUGUGGUUAAGAACCGGGUUCUGGAUCCCGGCCCCCUCCAUUUAACUGUUACCUCAUUAUUUUAGCCCUCUGCACCUGUUAGCCACUCGCAAGGUGGGGUAAACAAUAAUCCUAGCUCACAUUUACUGAGCACUUAGUGUGUGUCAGGCAUCGUUCUCAGUAUUUCACACGGAGUAACUGGCUUAUCCCUCACCUUGCCCCUCUGAGGUGAGAGCUGCUGUUAUUUUGAUUUCACAGACGAGGAAGCAGGCCAGAAUGGUAAAGCCACUUGUCCAAAGUCAGACAGCUUGGGAAGUGUCAGAGAGGGGCCUUGAACCCAGGCUGUCCGUCUGUAGCCUGCAUUGCCGUUGCCUGCUAUGCCCCUCUCUGGCGAUAGUACCCCAGGGGGGCUUUGGGAAGCCACACGGCUUAGCAGGUAAAGCGACAGCAGCCUUCCUCUUGUGAUCGUGCACCUAAGAGGAAAUACUGUUUGGGCAUGUACCUCCAAUAGGUAGAUUUAUUUAUAACUUAUAUCCAGGUGCUACUAGCAUUCUGUAUAUUAGUCAUAAGGCUUAAAUUAUUCCAUUUUAAAAUUAAAAAUAAAUAGAGAGGGUUUUGAUUACCAGCCUCAUCCCAGUGACUUGUCCCGCACACCCCUUGGGUGUAUGCACCUGGCUUUGAGACCACAGGCUCUGAAGUGGGAGAGGCCUGGGUUCAAAUCCAAAUGCUUCAAAUCCAAAUCCCACUGUGAACUUGGGCCACCAGUGACUCUGGCUCUCUUCACCUUGCCUUUGCACCUGGGAAACAGGGCUAAUGGUGACCCUCGCCCCACAGGGGUGCUGUGAGGCACUUGGGUGGUAAAGGGGUCGGGAGUCAGGGCUGGGUGUGGCUCCUGGCUUGGCUACUUACUUUCUUUGUGACCUUAGGCAAGUCACUGCUCCAUUGAAUGGGUGGCGGGGAUUGGUGACAUUGCAGAAGCGUGAAGCCCUUGGAGGAGGGAGCUUCGCACACCAGCAAGAGAAGAUAAAUGCCGAUUUGGCCCAGACUCCUGAGGCUCAGACAUACGAAGCCUGACUUACAACGCAGCCUCUGUUUUUAACCACUGAACCUGCCAACGGCUCGCAGUCUGUUGGGUUCCCAGGGAACAUUCUGGAAACAUGGGGAUGAUUUGGGUUAUUGCUGUGAUCGGACCGUGCUCUUGGCUGGUGGAAGGCACGGCCCAGGGAUGGAGAUGUCUUAUAAUAUAUGCAGGGCACCUCCACACAAUGAAGCAGGGUCCCUUGUAUAUGUAUAAAUGUAUAAAUACAUAAAUCAAUAUCUGCAUCACAUCUUAAAAUCUUUUUUAAUUCUCAAAAUAAUCAAUAUUAGCUAUCUAUAUAUACAUAUUUCUUUAAGGUGUUGCCAAGAACGUAAGUUGAAGCUCAAAUCACUCGUAAAUUAUUGUAAUGGUUUUGUUUCAUUUAGAAAUUGUUGGUGUGAUUUCUUGAUUGGCACAGCUGUAUAUACGUAUAUACAUAAAAUAACAUGUUAUAUAUGUACAUAUGUAUAUUUAAAAUAACCUUGUCUUAGCUGUGGUUUGAUAAGGGAACCGCAUCAAAUGCUUUUAGCAACUUCCCAUUAAAUUGAGAAUCCUUAGGACUUGAGAUCUCAAUAGAUAAAGAAUUUCUCUUAGCAGCAACUGCAGUGUUUUGGUGUUUUUCUCCUCUCUUUGCUGUUCCUGAACUAACAGCAAUUACGUCUGAAACUUUUCUAGCCCUUAAAAUAUUGUCUAAUAGUUUUGUCUAUUCAAUAUGUUUAUUACCAACUAAGUAAUGGGAUGACAGAAAACCCAUCACAACAACUAACUUGAACUAAUUUAUCGCAAUAUGUAUUAUUGAAUUUUACACUUUCUCACUCACUCUUAUACUAUUCACCAGCCAGAAGUAUUUCAAUACUUUAACAACCAGCCCAUCCACACUAGUGCAAACUAACGAAAUUUUAGCCUUACUUGGAAAAACCUGGUUAAGAAUGAUCUGAGCCUAGAACCUAACUCUCCUUAGGCAAACACAAAGUCUUUUUAGAUGGUUUUCGUAGGUUCUGACUUUUCCAGGAAGUGCAACUACCACGUAAGAUGAGGGAAGCUUGUGUUUUGUUUGAAACUUGGCCAAGGAUUGUCAACAAUAUCAGAAAACCACGUUCCACCUGGUUCUUGGUAAUUCAACACCUAAACCGCAUGUUUACAGACGCGUUAGGAGCUGCCUAUGUUUCCGGUGUAAAUGUUUGUCUCCCUCCUCGGGUUCUAGGAAGGUGGCCCCGCACAUUCGCAUAUUGAAAUGUAUAUUUUAAAUUCCUAUC